AGUAUCUACUAUAACAGGAAUAGGUAAUCUUACCCUAAACAAAUAUAUCCGUGCUAGAAUCAGUGUAAAAAAUUUGAACGCAUCCUUUAAUGACAGUUCUUUUGAUGACAUUUAUUUAGGAAAAACCGGAAACGUCAAUAUUACAAAUGAGGUGAAAGUUGCGAACUUAGUUUGCGGUGAAAUUCGUAGAAAAUAUAGAAAAACUAUCGUAUCUAAUUAAAGAAACAAGUAUUUUUAGUGUUCAGCAUAAACACACUACCUGUUACAUCAGUUUACAGACUUACGUGUCAGUGAUUUUAAUUAAUCAAAUCGGUUUGUUGUGCGCUCGCAUUGCGAUUGAAAGAAAGCUGGUAACUGGGCUGUAGUAGGUUAAUAGUGUCGAGUGGCGUGUUGGACGCUGCUUACGUCGACAGACGGGCAAGUUAAAGUGCUCAGUCGUGGCCGAUGUGCCGCGGAGAGCAAGACGCGUGAUCUAGUGAGGCGAGGAGAAUACUGAGCAGUAGCCGCCAGUCGCGAGCCGCCGCCGUCGCCGAGUGCGUGCCGCCUGCCGAGUCGACGCUCCGCACGUACCCUUGAACGUGAAAGUUAAAAGCCGCACGCGUAACUGUAAUCAUGGGUGGCAAAGUAGAAAACGUCGGCAUUUUGGCCAUGGAAACCUACAUUCCUUCACAAUAUGUGGACCAAACGGACCUGGAAGAGUUCGACGGAGUCGCCGCCGGGAAAUACACCGUCGGGCUCGGCCAGAGCAAGAUGGGCUUCUGCUCUGACAGAGAAGACAUAAACUCUCUGGCCAUGACUGUGCUUCACAAACUGAUUGAGAAGAACAACAUUGACCUGCACGACAUUGGGCGCCUGGAGGUCGGUACAGAGACUAUUAUUGAUAAAAGCAAGAGUGUAAAGACAUUUCUGAUGACCUUAUUUGCUGAGGCGGGAGCCACAGAUAUUGAGGGCAUUGACACAACAAAUGCUUGCUAUGGGGGCACAGCUGCUCUGUUUAAUGCAAUUAACUGGGUAGAAUCAUCUUCAUGGGAUGGACGAAAAGCUAUAGUGGUUGCUGGAGAUAUAGCCGUGUAUGGGAAAGGCCCGGCGCGGCCCACAGGAGGGGCAGGAGCUGUGGCCAUGCUGGUGGGGCCUGAUGCCCCUCUUGUAUUUGACCGCGGUGUGAGAGCCUCAUACAUGACUCACGCCUAUGACUUCUACAAGCCUGACCUGGCAUCUGAGUUCCCCUUUGUUGAUGGAAAGUUAUCUAUCAAGUGCUAUCUCAGUGCUCUAGACAACUGUUACAAUUUAUUUUCAAAGAAGAUGCGCAGGGAUCAGCCCGAUUUCAAGGGGCUUCUGAGUUUAGAUGGGAUGCUGUUCCACUCUCCCUAUUGCAAAUUGGUGCAGAAAUCACUUGCACGGAUGUGUUUCAAUGACUUCCUAAAUACUCCACCUGAAGAUAGAGAGAAACAGUUCCCAGGACUAUCAGAGUUUAGCAAUCAUAAGUUAGAGGAAACAUACUUUGACCGAGAUGUAGAGAAAGCAUUUAUGACUUAUAGUCAAAAUCUAUUUGAAGAAAAGACUAAACCUUCAUUGAAUUUAGCUCGUAAUGUAGGGAACAUGUACACAGCCUCCCUGUAUGGCAGUCUGGCUUCAUACCUGAUCAGCAAAUCCCCUGAAGAACUUGUGGGGAAGAAGUUUGCACUAUUCUCUUAUGGGUCAGGGCUCUCAUCCACCAUGUACUCCAUACAGAUAUGCAAUGAUGUGAGUGCUGGUUCCAAGUUGCAAAGGUUGAUAAGUUCACUUCAUGACUCAAUAUCUCUAAUAGAUAAGAGGGAAUGUGUGAAACCUCAAACAUUCUCGGACCUGAUGGAUGUGAGGACCAAGAACUACCACACGGCACCCUACGAGCCCUCUGGGUCCAUUGCUGCCCUGUUCCCAGGAACUUACUACCUCGAGAAAAUUGAUGACCAAAGAAGGCGUACCUAUGGAAGAAAAGAAUAGUAAUGCUAGUUAUUAGGUGAAUAUUUUUUGUAUGAGUGUUUGGUGUUGGAAAUAUCAAUUGAUUGUGAAUUUGAAGUGGAUUAUUGGAUCUGUAAUCCUUUGAAUAAAAUGUGUAUUAAAUAUACAUUUAAUAUAUUUAUUAUAAAUGGAAACAACUAAAUAGGCAUAGUAAAAGAUCAACUUUUAUACCAGUCACAGAGUUUCUGAAUAGUUUAUUUGUUAACAUUGACAUUGUUAAGCUAGAUAAAAUUAUUUUAAUUAAGUUAACUUCAACAUGACAUAGUUUGUGGCUAUAAAUAUACAAAACCAAAAUCUUUUAGUUAAGUAUUAAAGAUGACAAUGAUUGAGAAUAUUUAUUUUCAUUCAGCUUAUAUUGAUAUUAAUUUGAUGUAAUCAAGUAUUAAAUUCUAUUGGUGCU